AUGCAGCAACUGAAGGGUCACGAGGAACAGACUGGCCCACGCCGCCCGGUGGGUGGACAUUAUGGUGCUGUGAAGCACCGAGAGGCUUGGCCGGAGCUCCUCGCACGCGAGCACGCUGAGAUCGGCAGCAGGGAGCAGCCCUUUGUCGUCAUCAUCGGUGGGGCCCAGUCGGGCAUCGUGUUGGCGGCUCGUCUCCAGAAUCUUGGCGUCCCCUACAUCGUCCUGGAGAAGAACCCAAGCCCAGGCCACCAAUGGCGGCACCGAUACAACUCGCUGUGCUUGCACGAUCCUGUUUGGGUAUGCCACCUGCCAUACCUGCCGUUUCCGGCGCAGUGGCCCUUGUAUGCUCCGAAAGAUAAAGUGGCAGACUGGCUUGACUUCUACGCUCAGAUGCUGGACUUGAAUGUGUGGGCCAACUCUCUCUGUGAGUCAGCAUCCUGGAACGAGAAGACCAAAGACUGGACUCUUUGCGUGCGGAGAGAAGGCAAAGAGAUCGUGCUGCAGCCGAAGCACGUCGUCAUGGCAACUGGACAUCACGGCCCGCCAAACGUUCCCACGUUCCGCGGAUCUGAGAACUUCCAAGGCGAGUUGAUGCACUCUUCCUCAUACCAAGGAGCCGCUGCUUUCGCUGGAAAGAAUGUCGUCGUGGUGGGAUCGAACACGUCGGCACAUGAUAUUUGCCAAGAUCUAUGGGAGCAUGAUGCUGCCGUUACCAUGCUCCAGCGCGGCUCCACAACUAUCGUUUCUGCCGCAGCCCUGAGGGAGGUCCUCCUCAAGGACCUCUAUUCCGAGGAAGCGCUGGCCACGGGCAUGACGACCGAAAAGGCGGACUUGAGAUUUGCAUCGGAGCCCUACGCAGUGGUCAUCGAGGGCAUGAAGGAGGCCUGCUCGAAGAUGAAAGAGUUCGACAGAGAGUUACUGCAAAAGCUGGAAAAAGUUGGCUUCCAGAUGGACUUCGGGGAGGACGACACCGGCAACUUUGUGAAGUACCUUCGCACCGGCAACGGCUAUUACUUCGAUGUCGGCGCAUGUGAGCUGGUGGCCAACGGCAGCAUAAAGCUGAAGGUGGGGUCCAUUGACCACAUCUGCGAGAAUGGUUUGGCAAUGGAGGACGGCUCCAUGCUAUCCGCGGAUGUCAUCAUUCUGGCCACAGGCUACCAGUCUAUGGCGAAACCCUUGGCGCAGAUCUUCGGCGAGGAGAUUGCGCGGAAGGUGGGCCCUGUUUGGGGUCUGGGUUCCGCCACCCGCGGCGACGCGGGUCCUUGGGAAGGAGAGCUCCGGGCCAUGUGGAAGCCAACCGGCCAGGAGAACCUUUGGCUUCAUGGGGGCAACUUCAUGCUCAAUCGCCUCCACUCGCAUCACCUUGCGCUGCAGCUCAAAGCCCGCCAGGUGGGCUUAAACCCCACGGUCUUCUGA